AAUCUGUUAUCUGACGUCUUCCGUAAAGUUUAAAGUGAUAUUAUCCUGCUCCUAAUAUCUAUCAUCAAAGCAGUGAAAAAUAAAUAAAAUAGUAUUUUGAAUGUUUUUUUUUAGUUUUCAGAAAUAAGGUAGAUACUUGCUGCAUGCGAAAUAGUAGAAUGUUUUGAACAUAAAAAAAAUGGAGAGUAUGUUUAUGAAGCCCGUGCAGCCGCACGUAUUCAAAGCUUUAAAAGAUGUAGAUGUGGAAACACUAACAAAGUGUUCAUCAGAAGAAAUAAGACCUAUCAUACCAUGUCUUGUAAGAAUGGCUCUAAUUUCACCAUUAGAUGUAACGAGAUACUGUGCUGAAGCUAAAAAAGAUAUACUAACAUUAUUAUCUGGUAUUGACUUAGUCAACUUUAUAGUUUCAUUACUUUCUAUUGAAUUUCAUGCUUUAGAAGUGGAUCUUAAAAAAGAACAACAAAUGAGGCAAAAAAAUGGCUCUCAAAAUACAGAAUCAUUUUUAAUACAAAACAUUGUGAAUGGAAUAGCAAAUGAUUUUGAACAGUCAGAUUCAGCAAGAAGAGUCAGGCUCGUUUUGUCUGAAUUAUUACAAAUGCAAGCACAGUUAACUGAAUACAACCAAAAUCGCAGUUCUAAUACAGAAUGUUCUGUUAAACCUUCAGAGCUAUUUGAUAAUGAUGUCUACCUUGAAGAAAUUACAGAUGUAAUUUGUAUAAGUCUUGCUGAGUUACCAAAUUUAUUGAAUAUUUGUGAUAUAGUUGAGGUUCUACUUUAUGUUAACAAAGGCCCAACAAUUAUAUCAUGGGUGGUUGCAAAUAUGCCAGAUACAUUACAAGAUGUUGCUGAAUCACUUGUUAUGAACGCUGAAAGGGGUGAAGAGGGUGGUAUCAGAGCAAAAGCUCUUUCAAUUUUAUGUGCAAUGUGCCCAUAUAUGGCAGCAUCUAUUCGGUCAAAAGCAGCAUCUGCAUCCCGUUUACCAUCACUCCUUAUUAAUCUUACUCUGACCCAUCAUCAAGAUGAUCUGGUAUCAUUUAUGUCAAGCCUUUUAUUGGGAUCAGAUCAAAGUACAAGAUCAUGGUUUGCACCAUUUUUGCGCAAUUCUCAUAAAAGAGGAAAAGGGGAUGGUCAUUCUGCUCUUAUAAAGCUUAGACAGGAAUUACUAAAUAGACUGAAAGAUGCAUCAGCGGGAGUAGAUGCCUCUGCUCUCUUACGUCUUUAUUGUGCUCUGCGUGGUAUUGCUGGAAUCAAAUUUCAGGAUGAUGAAAUUUCAGGAUUAUUGAGACUUGUAACACAAAAACCACCACCAACAGCAGCUGGUGUAAGAUUUGUAUCAUUAAGUCUCUGUAUGAUACUAGCCUGUCCAUCCCUUAUGGCUGCACCAGAACACGAGAAGAAAGCUAUAGAAUGGGUUCAAUGGUUAGUUAAAGAGGAAGCAUAUUUUGAGAGCAACUCUGGUUUCACUGCAUCAUUUGGUGAAAUGCUUCUCUUGAUUGCAAUCCACUUUCACUCUGGCCAAUUAGCUGCUGUGGGUGAACUUGUGUGUGCCACUUUAGGAAUGCGAGUGCCUGUGCGCCCUAAUGGUCUAACGCGCAUUAAACAGGCCUUUACUCAGGAAAUAUUUACAGAACAGGUUGUAACGGCUCACGCUGUUAAAGUUCCGGUAACUGCUAAUCUCAACAGCAAUAUUGUGGGUUACUUACCAGUUCAUUGCAUUCAUCAGCUAUUGAAAUCGAGAGCAUUUUCAAAACAUAAGGUGCCUAUAAAGAACUGGAUAUACCGUCAAAUCUGCAACUGUUCUGCACCUUUACAUCCAGUUAUGCCUGCUCUUGUAGAAGUUUAUGUGAAUUCAAUUUUAGUUGUUAAUAACAAGGGAUCAAAUGAGUACUUCAACCAACCUAUAACUGAAGAAGAGAUAAAAAGAGUAUUUAGAAACUCUAUUUUUGGAGUUAACUUUGAUGCACAAAAUAAAUCCUUUACUGGUAUGGAAAUUGACGGCGAGACAUCGGUAGAAAUAAACAUCGAAAAGCCAACUUUAGCUUCGCAAUUACUUCUCAUUUACUAUCUUUUACUUUAUGAAGACGUAAGAUUAGCUAAUGCAGCUAUGCUAAUUGCCAAUGGACGAAAAAUUAAAAGUUAUUCCACUGCGUUUCUUUCCGAGUUGCCAAUUAAAUAUUUGUUACAUCAAGCCCAAAAGGAUCAAUUAAGCUAUGGUGGCCUUUUCAGUCCUCUUUUACGUUUAUUAGCGACUCAUUUCCCUCAGCUUUCACUAGUAGAUGAUUGGAUGGAUGAUCAAGUAUUUGGUGACUCGUGUCGCCACCAAAUUAACAUUAGUUUAUCUGAAGAAUUUAUAAACGAAGCAUUUGAAAGCAUUGAAGUAAAUCCCUAUAAAACGGGAAAAAUUUUAAAAGCUAUGCUUAGUAAAAAUCCGACUGAGAUUUGGCCAUUUGCCGAAAUAUUUGUUAAACAUGUUAAAAGCGUUUUAGGCGAAGAAGUACCGCGGCAUAUUCAAGAACUUUACAGGGAAGUAUGGCUUCGACUUAAUACCGUUUUACCUCGAUGCCUUUGGAUACUCACGAUCAAUGCUCUCUUGGACAUAAAUAGUAACGCUAAGACAGUAACCGUUACACAAGAAAAUGUAUUAGUUGAUCCGCUUCAAGUUUUACGCUGCGAUAUCAGAGUGUUCAGAUGUGGUCCAAUUUUAAAAAUCAUUUUAAGAAUAUUAGAAGCUAGUUUGGCAGCCUCCAGGUGUCAACUUAGUCGGCAUUUGCUGGAUAAACCACUUCUAGAAAAAAGUGGACAACUAACAUCUGAUUCAGAAAGAGAAGAACUAAAAAACGCUUUAGUAGCCGCGCAAGAAAGUGCUGCCCUUCAAAUUUUAUUAGAAGCAUGUCUGGAGACAACUGAAGAUCAAUCAAAACCUGAAUUGAUGUGGUCGUUAAGGGAGGUCAGAAGUAUCAUAUGCUCUUUCCUCCACCAAAUAUUUAUUUCAGAACCAUCAUUAGCGAAACUUGUACAUUUUCAGGGGUACCCAAAAGAAUUGUUACCUAUUACGGUACAAGGUAUACCUUCAAUGCAUAUUUGUCUAGAUUUUAUACCAGAACUCUUGAGCCAAGCAUCUCUCGAAAAGCAAAUUUUCGCAGUCGAUUUAGUUUCACAUUUGUCUAUACAGUAUGCACUACCUAAAGCAAUGUCCAUUGCAAGAUUGUGCGUAAAUACCCUCUCUACGUUAUUAUCAGUACUACCAAGUGACUUGCGAUUGGAACUAUUCCAACCAGUGCUCAAAUCCCUUGUCAGAAUUUGUACAGCUUUUCCAUCACUUUUAGAAGAUAUCACAUCAUUGUUAUUACAAUUGGGUCGAAUAUGCGAAUCUCAAGCGUCACUUGGUCACUGUUGGAAUGACACAUACAUUUUGGGGGAAGGUGCCUACGUGCAAUCUGAUGUUCAAAGUGAUACUAAAGUGUUAGUUGCUGAGGUACUUUGCAGAGAUAUUAAAACAACAAUGUCUGAAAUAGUACAAAAGGCAUUGUUGAAUGAUAAGCUAUACUAG